AUGUCAUCCCUUCUCUCCAUCCCUCGCGAAAUACGCGACAACAUCAUCGAACUUUCCCUUUCAUGCGUCCGAAAACCUCACUCGAGCAUCGCCGAAGCAGAAUCAACCCGCUCAACCAAGAAAAACUCGCACAGGCCCUUCUUCUCGAGUUGGAGCUUCGGACUCAAGCACGUGCUCUUCGAACCACCCUCCUACACCUCCUCCAGCCUCGCGCUCCUCCUCGUCAACCACCAACUCUCCUCCGAAACCGUCGCAACGCUCUCCCGCCUCUCCAACAAUGCCCAACUGCCCCCUUACGAGCUCGACGUCAUGUUCGUCCGCGAACUCGAACUCUGGCCCACCUGGCUCUCCGUCCCCGUGAUCGCCAAGCACCUCGACCGCGUCAACGUCACCUUCCGUGCCCUCGGCCUCCACACCGGCGCAAAGAGGCAGUGGAACCCCGGCGACGGCUCGCCCCCGCAGAUCCUCUGGUGCUUCUACUACCUAAUGGAGCAUGUCCUGCGCCAAGGCCCGCUCCCGCACACCUCCUCCUCCGCCGAUAGGGGCGUCAGCAUCAAGACCCUGCACCUCGAUUUCGUGGGCCCUGACGGCGAGACCUGCGCCACCGACACCCGCUACUACAUCCCCAGCACCGUGGCGUGGAAAGGGAAAGAAGUGCGCCCGGAGUUCCUGGCGUACUAUCUCUGGCAUAAUAUCUCGAUGCUCGCGAAAAUGGACUAUCAUACGGCGGAGUAUGGCGAGAUUCUAUAUGAGAGGGUUGGCGAGGUGAGGUUUAGCGUUAAUGGGGUGGAGGUGCAGCCGCCGAUUGAUUUUGGGGAGAGCCUGGCAAGGUUGCACUACGAGGGCCCGGCGAAUACGUUUGGGCAUGUUUGGCCGCGGGAGAAGCGGGUGCCGGCGUUUGAGGAGUGGAAGAGGGGUGCGUGGAGGAAGAGGGUGGAGCGGGGGUUGCCGGUUGUGGGCGGGGAAGGGGGAGAGGCGGGAUCUAGAGAGUUGGAAUAUGAGGAUGCGUCUGGGCAUUAG